GCUGCAAAUACCCGUCUACCUAAUUUUGUUUGCUGCAAACAUCCUCCAUCAAUGACCGAUAUGGAUGAAGAACUCAAGAAGCUCCGUGAACAGCUCGAAGAAGCCAAACGCCGAACCGAAGACGCCGAGAAACGCAUCCGAGAAGAGCAGCGCCGACGCGAAGGGGCGGAAGACGCCGCCAGGGCAUCGCAACCGCUGGCAAUUGAACCCUAUCUUGACGCAUGCCACUCGCUCAGUCUUGCCAUCCAAGUUCUGACCGACCGCUCUUUAACCACCCAAAGCGACACGACUGAUCCUAUUGGCCGUGUUUACCCAUCACGAAUUUCCAAAUGGGACGAAUUUGCAGCAAAACAAGAGGAAAUAUGGAAUCUGCUUUCCGACCCUUCCUUCACCUCCCGUCCUACAUUUCCAUCUCGACACCAGGUGGAUUACGUUCGCUCUUUAAUAAGCCCGAUUAGCAGCGAGCAUGGAUUACGGCAUUUUGAGCGUAACACCGUUGAAAAUGCAGUCCAAAAGCUGGUCGAUGCAGUGUUCGAGAACGAACUGUUGCGACAGCGCCUCGGCCUGCAUGGGACCGUAACGUUCGAAAGCCACACGAACCUCGGCGCGGCGGACGAAAGCCUAUCCGAACCUCUCGAACAGAUGACCGUCUCUGGGCCCAGCGUCGCAGGUGCGUCAUCUGCAACGGCCAAAGUCCGGAAACCGCGUCGCACCGCGAAAAGCAAAGGAAAAGGCAACCGAGCGGACCAGUUCUGCAUAUACAGGACAACGAACGGAGCGAACACCCCGACAAUGGCAAUCGAGUACAAAGCGCCGCACAAACUAAGCCAGGACGAGGUGGUUACCGGCCUGGCAUCCGCGAUUGAGCCGAAGCGAGAUGUGAUUGGCCAAGAUUGCGAAGGCUUCGUGCUUGCGUCGAAGGCGCUUACCGCCGCCGUGGUCACGCAGCUGUUCUCCUACAUGAUUGGCAAGGGCAUAAAACACGGGUAUGUUUGCACAGGACAAACUUUCGUUUUCCUCCAUAUUCCGGAUGAUCCCGCGACGGUCCUCUACCAUGUCUGCGUCCCGAACUUGGACGUCUUCGACGAUGACGUGAACAGACUCCACCGUACAGCCGUCGCGCAAGUAUUCGCCUUCGUCCUGCAGGCUGUUCGUACUGCGCCGCCCCCACAAUCGUGGCACGACGCGGCGGCUACGCUCGAAACAUGGGCUGUCGAAUACGAGGAUGUGCUGGCCAAAAUACCGUCUUCUGUCCGCAAGGAUAAAGAACGGGCUUCUCCUUAUAUACCCCGCCGUUGGCAAGGCUUCAAGCGCUCGCCGAUCCGCACCCGCGCGUUCUGCCGGCAGCUACCCACUCAGCCCUUGUCCGACGAAGAUGAAGACGACAAUGAUUUCCUGCACUCCCCAACUCCGAAACGAUCCUCCAAUUUUCACAGGAAUGGCACGCCAGGCUCUGGUGGACGCAGAGAAGGUCGUGGGGGACUGCGGGCGGGUAAAUCACAAGGAAUACAGGAUAUGCUUUACUGCAGCCAUAAAUGUCUUCUUGGGCUGAAAUGUCGUAGACCUGUUGACAAAACCUGUCCGAACGCCAGUAGCCACGGGCAGAAACACAUUGACAGGGCAGAAUUUCUAAGUCUGCUUCAAGCACAGCUAGCCAAAGACCGUGGGCCUGACGCAGACUGUACGCCGUUAUACCUGUCAGGGUUUGUUGGUUCGUUGUUUAAGGUCCGGCUAUCGCUGCAUGGCUACACACUUGUGGCCAAGGGUGUGGAAACUGCGAAUCUUGAAUUCCUGCAACAUGAGGAAAAGGUUUAUAACCGCCUUAGCGAGAUUCAAGGGAGGCACGUUCCGGUAUACCUCGGAUUGAUGUCUCUGGUUCUCCCGCAAUAUUGCGACGGCGGUGUUUAUAAGCACUUUUUACUCCUUAGUUGGGCUGGCAAGCCUUUGUCGAGCAGUGACGGCCGUAUCGAUAAAUUUGUCGUUACUGCUUCGAUUUCCAAGGCAAUUACCGCAAUACACCGUCUUGGUGUCCUUCACGGCGAUGCUGAGGCGCGCAACAUUUUGGUAGAUGGCCAGCACCCUAUGGUUGUUGAUUUUGAAAGAGCGACUAUUCCGGACCGUGCGCCGCUGGGCUCGAUCUCUGCCAACGCCAAGCUCAAAAGGAAACAUGGGCCAUCUCAGAAAAGGGGGAACGACGCGUUCGCAAAAGAGUUUGCCGCCAUACAAAAUGUUUUCAAUUGACUUCCUUUUCCUAAGGAAGAGGCUGGAUUUUUUCUUGGAGCUGAAAAAAGAGGAGGACCAAAUCAAAGCGGCGCAGGAGCAGGAAAACAAUGCACAAAAGAUAACUUUCACUUUUCACGUUGGGUGCUUUUUCAUUUCUUAAUGCUGGCUUCAGAAAGCCACAAUUGACAAUGAUAUUUUAUAUAUCCUUCCUUGACUUGGGCUUUAUCUAAUUUACACAUUUCGCUUCACUUUCUGUAACCAGAAAAGCGGUGUGACAAAGUGGCAGCAGUUAAGAAAGCUGGGGCAGUGUCCGAAAAAAACACUUUAGCAAACCGCAGUGCGGUGUUUGCCGCCAGUUUAUCAUCUCACCUUGUUUUGUCGACAUCGUUGCGAUGUCAGCCGAGUGAUGAAGGCGGUAUACAACGCCAAAAGACCAGUAUAUUAUUGUUUAUAAAUAGGAAACUUGUCUUCCAAUAAAGAUUUCAUUCGAAACCCUUCGUUUGCAUUCAUGUUUCACAUGGGAAAUUGAAAGGAAGGCCAGCAACAUGUCUAGAAAAUACCACGAACCCAUACAAUACAAUGCCAAAAACUAUCCCU